UUUUGCUCCAAUUGUUACAACAGCAAAACUGCGCCUGCCUGCAAACACACAUCACAACUCCCUCCUCUUGCCUUACUACCACUUUACUUCGUCUCUCCAUUUCCUCACUCAACGACUUAAUCAGCAUCCGUCAUGAGAUACAUCAUUCUUUAUCUUGUCUAGCAUCUUUCGACUUAUUCCUGCCAUCUUUUCCCUUCAGCCGGCGCCGGCCAACAUCCAGCAACGACACUGAUUACACCGCAGCUAAAGCUGACCUUCUCUCGUUCUUGACGUUGCCGUUCUACCCGUCACACGCUUUCGGCCUCUCCCACGAUCGUUUCCUCCGCCGCAAGGUCAAGUGCGUCGCCGCGUAUAUGGCUCCGCGUUCUCCAACGCAUGCCUUCGAUCCAACACCUGCUCUAGAGCACGACCCAGACAAUUUCUCGCCUUUGGCUCCUUCAGUCUCGAUGGAAGCAUCCAGCAAUGGCAACUCCUUCAAGGGCGUUAGGUUCUCGGAGAAACCGUUGCUGCUUCCUCAAGGCCGUCAUUCAAUAGCCACCACAAAUGUUCCGUUAUUACCACCAGUGACCUCUUCAAGCCAAAUACCAAAACAUGGGUUUCAGAUGACGAAUGCGACGCAUGAAGUUGAUAUUACUGCGUAUAUCGAGCAAUGUCGACUGUUGAAUACUCAACUGAGGGAAGCCCAUGACUGUGAGCGAAGAGCCUGGGAUAUAGAAAGAACCGCGCUGAAAGCUCGCAUUGCCGAAUUGGAAAGAAAGUUGAGCAGAAAUAGGGAUCCACAGAGGAGGUCAAGCAACGACUCUGCAACAACAAGUUUGCAUUCUUUUAGAGCAGAUUUCAAGCCGUCCAUGACAAACACGACGAAUCGAGCAAGAGCUAGGUCGUCAUCAGAUUCAAACAGUGGUGUACAUCCUGUCUGGCAGGGACCAGAGAUUCAUGCACCCGCUACUCGAGUCUUCUCUCAUGAGGACACCUCUUCGCACCUACCAAGUAUCUCUGAGAAUGAACCACUUCCACCUUUGUCCAAAGAAAUUUCUCCAACCACUCAGAAAGAGGUUGAGAAUGUUCCCGUGCCGGUCGAGCAAGUUGAUAAAUCCUUGGAUGGCAUCACUCUGAAGUCGGCUGCUUUGACCUCAACAUUCGACACGGGAAUCACCAGUCCACAAUUUGCGUCUCCUCUGCAUACACCAUCUCCACAGCCAAGGAGACCUCCUGAAGGGCUUCUGCAGGUUGAUGUCAAAUCUCUACUGUCGCCACUCGAUGAGAAGCUCAAGAGACAUGCAGGUCAUACUCCAAUGGCUUUCGAUGGCACUCUAUCUUCCGGCACAGGAAGCACCACUAAUCUGACUCCGAGGCAAGAGAAACCUGUGGAGCCUGCCCCUACAAAGCGACCUCCUCUUCGGCCCUCAGAAAACUCAGAGUCAUACUUUUCGUUCAGCUCCACAGCUAAUGACCCGGUCAUGGCAGACGAAGAUCCGCUCGCAGAAGAGGUCGAGCCCAACCUGCAGCACGAAGUUGAUGAGGAUGCCUCACUCAAAGGCCCGCUCAUGCUUGAUCCUAGUGCCAAGUCAGAGUCCGCCAACGUCUUCCUCGAAAGGGUCGAUGCCAUGCUUUCGGAAGAAGCAGCCGUACGUUCGAGAUACGAAUCGGCUCUGUCCGAGGGAAGCGAAGACAAAAACUCAGCGGAGGCAGCAGAGGCAACAGAUGUUGCAGCCGAGGCACCCGCUCGAGAGGCAGACGAUGAUGUGCCGAGGCUAAAGAUCAAAAACAGCAUGAAUUUUGGUAGUGCAUGGGGCGGAGAUAUGCCAGGUCGUAUAUAAACCUCAUUUCGGUUGUCCACAGCGGAGCGCGACAAAUGUCCAGGGAACCAGCGGUCAUUUCUCGGAGUUCGUUUCUUGUUAUACAGAGCGAUCUGGAACACUUGCAGGCAUCAGCACUAGAACAAGUGUUCGACCUGGGACGGCCACAAAACUUGUUGUUGUGCUGGUAGCAAAAUGUUCGAGGUAGCUUGGUUGAAAAACUAGUGUUUGGACUAUCUGUGCUAGCUCACAGGUAUGGCGGGUUAAUCUGGAUGAGGUGACAGGGUCAAUCCAGGGUCAUUCGUUGACAUGAUCGGCAGGGCAACCGUGUUCAAGGCCAGCGAGCUCGUCACUGCGAACCCACUAGGAGGAGGUGGACAGAGUGAGAGUUCGUCAUUCCACAUCAUGUGCAAGGAGGAUAUCGGCUGCUUCAUAGCUUAUCAUACCGGAAUGUAAAUAUGGAUGUCUCUCAAGGACCUGGCGAAUUCUGGCCGAUGGGGACGACUAUCAAGCGCGCAACGUGUUCCAAGCUCGAUUCAGC